GAUACAAGAGUUUUACUUAGGGGCAGUGUCGUUUUGCACAAAUGUAUGCCCCAAAGAUAUCGUUGUCUGGUUUCCAUUGGUCCCUUGUAGAUAAGUGUGAGGGUGUGGUUCUGGUGUUGCUCUCAUUGGUGCAGGGAUGUCUCAGUAUACUCCAUAAUUAAUGAGGUCCGAUGUGUACCAAUAAAUGCUGCCGCAGUGAUUAUACUCUGCAUCCCCGGUCACUGUGUUGAACGGACCUGUAAGAGCAGUAAUUCCGCGCAAGACCCUACUCAUGACCCACAGAAUGCAGAACUUCUCAGUGCGCAGUGGUGGGGGUAGUGUAUAUUACCCCCAGCGCUCUGUGUCCAUGUCCAGCGCCUCCAGCAUGCAUGGAGGGGCGGGUGGCAAGGGCAGUCGCAUCUCUGUCUCACGUCUGGGGUCUUCUCCGGGGUCCCUACGACCCAACCUAGAUCUUUCACGAGCCAGUACCGUCGCCAUGGUGGCUGGUGGUGGUGCUGUCAACCAGCGGGAGGCCAUGCAGGAUCUCAACCAGCGGCUGGCUGACUACCUGAGCGAGGUCAGCAGACUAACGGAAUCCAACAAUGAGCUGGAAAAAAGGGUCCAUGAAAUCGUAUCCAAAAGGGGCCCCAUAGAACGGGACUGGAACGCUCUCCUAAAACCCCUGACCGACCUGAAAAAGCAGCUGGAAGACAAAAAUUUGGAGAAUGCAAAACUGAUGUUGCAAGUCGAUAACGCCAGACUGGCUGCAGACGACUUCAAAAUCAAGUUUGAAGCAGAAAACGCCAUGCGCAUGAGCGUGGAACAGGAUAUUGCAGGACUGCGCAAGGUCAUUGAUGACACCAAUCUGGCUCGUAUGCAACUGGAAUCCCAGGUGGAAUCCUUGAGGGAGGAACGGGCUUAUCUCUGCAAGAACCAUAAUGAGGACGUUGCAAUUCUGAAGGCGCAGAUUGCAAACUCAAAUGUGAUGGUAGAAGUGGAUGCUCCCAAAGGAGAUGAUCUAAGUGCCCAUAUUGCCAAUAUCCGCUCCCAGUAUGAGAAAUUGGUCGAUGAAAACAAAAGACAAACGGAGGCCUGGUACAAGGACAAGUCUGACUCCUUGUCUCAGGAAGUCAAGAUGAACACUGAAGCCCUGGAAACAACCAAGACUGAGUUGACAGAAUUACGCAGACAGAUCCAGGCUCUUGAAAUAGAGCGUGACACUCUCCAUAAAACGAAUGAUUCCCUUGGAAAAAACCUGAGUGAUACGGAGGGCCGUUAUAAUAUCGAGCUGUCAAAACUGGCACAGAUUCUUGUUAGCCUCCAGGAUGAGUUGGCACAAUGCCGUUCCAACAUGGAAAACCAGAUGCAUGACUUUGAAGCCCUCCUCAGCCUGAAGACUAAACUUGAAGUAGAAAUUGAGAUGUACCGUCAGCUGCUAGAUGGUGAACUAGACAGACCUGAAAGGCUACCUCCUCCGGUCAAAGUAGAACAAGUAAAACAAACAAUUAAGAAGGUGGUCGUGACCACACAGGAGCUUGUGGAUGGGAAAGUCAUAAAUGAGAAGAGAGAGGAAGUGAUUCAAUAAGAGAUGUUUAACUGCAUGCUGUUUACCUCUGCCUAACUAUACAAUCAAGUUAUAUAUUGUUUAAAUUUAUCCUAACUCUAUAGUUUAUUGACUUAGUUUAUUGACUUAUUGCACUGACAUUUUUUGUGCUUAAUAAAAUGAAAGUUCUACUUGGAAA